GAUUCGCAGUGUAGCUAUGCUUGGGGAAAGGCUACCGCCAACUAGAAAAAUCAGCAGCUUACUUACCAGUUUUGAUAUUGAGCUCCAAGUUCAACGCCUUCGUUUCCAGGUUUGGUCUGAUUCGCAGCGCAGUACGGGGGCCAGCCUUUGCACUUUUGACUUUUAUCAGAAACUCUCGUUACACCGUUUGACCACGCCGGUGCUGAAGAAAGAUAGAGCAACCAAAGAGGAACCUCCAAAGGAGAAAAGCAUAUUAAAGCGAAAAGAUACGUCGCCCACUGUGAAACAAAAAGAGGCUGUAAAGAAGGUCUCCUUGAGCACGAUGGGCAAAGCCUACGGAUUUACGAAAAGGCUGAGUCAGCAUUUUCAAAGCCUUAUAACAAGUGCCAGCGAAUCUACCGCGGAAAGCAAUGAGUUUAAAACUUCCAGCGCGAAACUGGAUCAGGCCGCUAUUGCUACACAGCUAAAGCCGAAGCACAAAAAAAAAGCAAUCACUAUUAAAACUGCUAAAUCGUUUCUGGGGACUCUCAAGAAAAACUUGAAAAACGAGGGUGAUGCCAACCAGGAAGACCCGCAUGAACAGGACGGAUCCGUUCAAAGCGCUGACGACCCUUAUGAGUUUGAAUACGAGACAGCAGCGCAGCAAGGGAGAACCGAAAGCGAUGCACUGAUUGAUUAUGAGGAGGGGUAUAACUUCGGGGGCGCCAAACUACCGGAGGAGGAAUACGAAUCUAAGGAUUGCAAGAAGCCGAGUUUACCGGAGGACCCACCGUUGAAGAACCCUAAUAUCUGGCGGGUUCAAUGCGCCAAUGUCAAACUAUGCAAGGUGGAGCUUCGACUUUUAACGGGCAUCAAAGAGAAUAGUCGCCCUAUACUAAAGGACGCAUCGGGCUUCUCCCAAGCAAUCAGCUGCGGGGCGAUCGAGUAUUUCCGGCAAACCAACGACCCACUCGACUACUUGCACAGGAUAACUGUCGAUUCGCUGAGGGGUACAUGGACGCUUACGCACUUCGAGUUUGUACUGAGCUCCAUCAACACGCUUCGGUCGGCCCUUCAGCUGCGCAAAGAUAUGUCUUCUGAUUUUCUGUCCAGCUGCGGUCAAGACUACAUUCAGGACCUCAUUAGCUACCAAAGAGAAAGCAGGCACUUGUUUUACUGACUGACACAUGCAAUGCUUUUUAUAGUGAUUGCAACGGGCGA